UCAACCCCAUGAACGGGAAGAUUAAAAAUUGGAUGAAAAUCUUAGCCCCCACCAGUAAAAACUUGCAAUUCCUCAGGCGAAAUCUUCCCCUCUUUCCCUUUUGCGCUUUCUGCACGACCAUAACCACAUUUCUAGUGAUACCCUUUUUCAUUUCUUUAUUAUAGUCUACCAAAUUGUUCUUUUCUUCGUCUUCUAUUUCAAUGGGCUUGCUUCUGUCUCGAUCAUUCACAAGAUCUCGUCUAACCAUUAGUUUAAUGCGAUGAGAUUGACAAACCCUUUUCUGUCUUUAUGCUAGUUCGCCCAAUCUCAAUUUGGUAUUAUCUGAGAGAUACGGAAGGAAUAACUGAGAUUCUCCGACUCAAAUGCUGCUUUAGAUCGGAGCAACCCCUUCAUUCUUAGCUGCGUAUACUCGACUUCCCUUCUCAUCUCUUCUUCCUAAUGCUCACUAUAUUUUUGGGUUUGUGAUGCUUCCUCUGCUGGCAUUGCUUAAUGGAACUUGUUUUCACGAAAUGGGUAUCGGCGUUUUUUCUCUGCUGUUGUCUUAUCUCCUCUAAAGCAUUUUCAGUGGAGGGAAUUCUUGGGGACAAUAAAGUCAGAGGAGUGAACUUAGGAGGAUGGUUGGUGAUUGAAGGUUGGAUUAAACCUUCCCUUUUUGAAGGCAUCCCCAAUGGGGACAUGCUAGAUGGAAAUCAGGUUCAAUUGUGGUCCGUAACAUUGAAGAAGUUCGUUAGCGCUGAGAAUGGAGGAGGCACAGGUGUUGCAGUCGAUAGAGAUGUUGCAUCUUCAUGGGAAACCUUCAGGUUAUGGAGAGUUUCUGCAUCAGAAUUUCAAUUCCGUACUGUCCUCGGGCAGUUUCUAAAAUGUGAUGCCUUGGGAUGCUCUGCAACAGCUCAAUCGCCCAGGAACUCUGAAACUUUCUUUGUUGAAAGAAAAGACAAUAGAGUGCACCUAAAACUUAGGACUGGAGCCUAUCUACAGGCUAUGAUAACAAAUCAGCUGACAGCUGACUAUCCAGGGAAGCCAGGAUGGGAUGACAAUGCUGCCACUUUUGAAAUGAUUGUUUCAGGCAACCUGCAUGGAGAUUACCAGCUUGCAAAUGGCUAUGGAAAGGAUGAGGCAACUCGUGUUUAUCAGAGACAUAGAAACAAUUUUGUGACUAUAGACGACUUUAAAUUUUUGUAUAGACAUGGAAUAAACACAGUGAGAAUUCCUGUUGGUUGGUGGAUUGCUUUCGAUCCGGAUCCUCCUGCACCAUUUAUUGGUGGAUCCUUGGAAGCUCUAGACAAUGCAUUCUCAUGGGCACUAGCCUAUAACUUAAUGUGCAUAAUCGACCUUCAUGCUGCUCCCGGCUCCCAAAAUGGGAUGGAACAUAGCGCAAGUAAUGACGGUACAUUAGAAUGGCCCAAUUCUCCUGCUUACAUUUCUAAAACAUUGGAUGUUAUAGACUUCUUAGCUUCGAGGUAUGGAAAACAUCCAGCCUUGCUCGGAAUUGAACUUUUAAACGAACCGUCAGCAGAUUUAGUUCCAUUGGACACCUUGGUAUCAUAUUACAAACAAGGAUACAAUAUAGUCCGUAAAUACUCUUCAAAAGCUUAUGUAAUAAUUUGCCAAAGAAUUGGGAAAGCAGAUCCUAUGGAACUUUAUGAAGCUGACAUAGGAUCUCAUAAUUUAGUAGUGGAUUUGCAUUGCUACAAUCUGUUUGAUCCCUUCUUUGAUCACUUGAGCCCCUCGGAGAACAUAGAAAUCAUAUACAAGAACAGGCAAACUCAACUACAGGCCUUAAACAGUGCAAACGGUCCCCUAGUAUUCGUUGGAGAAUGGGUGAAUGAGUGGGAUGUGACAAAUGGGUCUCAGGCUGAUUAUCAAAACUUUGGGAGGGUCCAGCUAGAGGUUUAUAAUGCAGCUUCUUUUGGAUGGACUUAUUGGACCCUAAAGAAUGACAGGAAGCACUGGGAUUUUGAGUGGAACAUCAAGAACAAUUAUCUUCAAUUUGGUGAUUCACCCAUCAGGGCUGUUUUCGACUGUGGGUUGUGGGUUGCAUUAGCAUGUGCCUGGUUCCCUCACCUGCUGUUCAUGCUCUGAGUUGCAGCCCUUCAGGAUCGCACAUUACUAUUCAGGACCAACAACGUUUACGUUUCUUAUAAAUCUCAUCCUUUUUUCAUUUUUGUGGAUUAAACAGCAGAUUAAUAAAGCAAUCAUUGUAGCA